GCUGCGAUGAUAAAAAUCUCCUGAAUCUCUCGGCAAAUCGCAAUAUCUCCUGAAGCUCAGUUGUUGAAGUACCACCAUUGCCGCCGGGUGGUUUGAGUUUCGUUGGUCCGUUUUGCUAAAUUCCGAGAGCCCUUGGAAAGCAUUAUGUGAGUGUUUGUGUGUAUGUGCCGUGUGUGUGAGAGUGUCCAUUACAAACAAGUUAAAAAGCAGAUAAAUAUUACAGGGAAUUAACUGUGUAUAGAAGAAAUACAAUUUAUGGUACAUUUGUAGUUUGUGUACAAAAUGACAACUUUGCUACAGUUAAGCUCAUCUUGAUUGUGGAACAGUGCGGCUAAUAGGCAAAAAGGCGGGGACAGAGCGAGCGAUCCGGGAAAUGGGGAGUCUGUACAAUACCGAAAGCUUUGCACAUCGUUACCGAUCGAGCCACAGCGUUCAUCACUACAAACCAUUGCUUCCAAACGAUCGACGGAUGGGACCGUUGCGGAAAAAGAAAACACGCUUCAAGGUUCUGCUCAUGAUGGGUUCCGUGUUCGCCUGUUUGCUGUACGUGAUCGAGCGUCCGUUCUGGUGGGACUAUGACGCACUGGAGGCACCGCUCUGGAACGAAGCGCUGGAAACGCGGGACGAUGAGCAACACUUUAACUACAACAGCUCGUACUUCGUCAAUACGAUCGGUUGCAAGAUGCCAAGCUUCCCGGUGACGAACGCACAGAUACAGAAGUUUAUCGAGCGUCCGGAACCGAUCGAGUGUGUACCGGCGCUGCUGGAAGCCGACGAACGGUGGAUCUGGUUUCAGCUGUCGGCUGAAGACAUUGAGCGACAUUACAACGUCACGAACGCGAGCAUGAUACAGUGCUGUAUACGGCCAUUCGAACGAUUAACCGAUCAGGAGGAGCAUCAGGUUGGGAACGAAAGCUGUUUCGACUAUCCGGAGCGGUUUACCGUGCGUGAGGAAGAGUUCGUGAUGAUUAACUGCCAUCACGCCGGUUUGAAGGAUCCCUUCUACUGGGAUUACUUUGCGUUCGUACCGUUGAAGAAGAAAUCCGUCGAGAAGAGGUUACGAAGCCGGAAGGAGCGCCACCAGGGUGGGGAGGACGAUCCCAGUUUGUUGAUGGGCGAUCAGCAGCAGCAGCUGAAUGUGAUGAUACUAGGCUUAGAUGCGGUUUCGAGAUUGAAUUUACACCGCCAAAUGAAUCAAACAACCGAUUAUCUACUUAACACCUUAAACGGCAUCGAGAUGUUCGGGUACAACAAAGUGGGUGACAAUACAUUUCCCAACAUGAUACCAGCCCUAACCGGGCUGGACAUCGAGGAGCUCGGUGCAGCAUGUCUUCCAAAUGCCAGCAGUACCUUUGACCUGUGUCAGUUCGUGUGGAACAAGUUCGGUGCCGCCGGCUAUCGGACGGUGUACGCCGAGGAUAGUUCGGCGAUGGCCACGUUCAACUACGGCAAGAAGGGCUUCCGUCAGCAACCGACUGACUACUACCUGAGAAACUUUUUCCGCCAGAUGGAAUCGAGCGUGGGGUACAAUAAGAAGCUUAACGCCAAACUUUGUCUGGGUGGACGUAAUCCGACCCGCGUCCUGUUGGAUUAUGCCCGCAAGCUUGUGAAAACGUUCGGAGCGAAGGAACCGGUGUUUUCCCUGCUGUGGGCUGUCGGCAUGACGCACGAUUUCUUCAACAAUCCUUCACUGAUCGAUGACGACUAUCGGCAGGUGCUGGAGUUCAUGAACGAACAGCAGCAGCACUAUCUAAACCGGACGGUGCUUAUUUUGAUGAGCGAUCAUGGCAUCCGGUGGGGAUCGUUUCGAAACACUUACCAGGGCAUGAUGGAGGAAAGGCAACCGUUUCUUAUCUUCAUACUGCCAGCCUGGUUCCGGGGCCAGUAUCCUUCCGCCUUUCACAAUCUUCGCCGGAACCGUUUGCGGCUGACGACACACUUCGAUCUGUACGAAACGUUGAAAGAGUUUCUGGACCUUUCCGGUCUGUCGACGGAAUCGGUUCGCGAACGAACCGAGGAGCUGCUGGAAGUGAGACCCAUCCCAAGGGGCAUUAGUUUGUUUCUGCCGGUACCGGCCACACGCACGUGUGAGGAUGCGGGAAUUGCGCCACACUGGUGUACCUGUCACGAUCAUAAGCCGCUGGCGAAGAACGAUCAUCAAGUCAUACAGGCGGCACGGUUUGCCGUCGAUCGGGUAAACCACCUGCUGCUGGAGUAUCCGCAGUGUAGCGUGCUGCAUCUGAACUCGAUCGAGGAUGCGAGUGUCGGCAUGUCGCCGGAGAACAUUACUGCCAAGCAUAAGUUCAGCGACAUCAGUGUACGGUUUGUGACGAAACCGGGCGACGGUGAGUUCGAAGCGACGGUACGGAUCGAUUCCAACAACGACAGCUUCCUGACCGGCACGGUAAGCCGAACUAAUCUGUACGGCAAGCAAAGCUUCUGUGUCGAUGACUAUCGGCUCAAGCUGUACUGCUUCUGCGGACGGUGAAGGGGGGAAAGAUACGGGAUCUACAUCCAUCAGACGAAACACCACUUUACCGGAGAAGCUGUAACCGUAAUUAGAUAGAUAUACAGGCGGAAAAGUCCGUGAAAAAAAACGUAGCUUUAGUGAAGGCGUUAAACGAUCAUGCAAAUCAAACAAUUCGUUCAUUGCGAAUCAUUGCGGUAUACAAGUGAUAGGGGGUAGAGAUACGAGGGCUUCCCUCAUCUUUUUGGUCUACAUUAUGAACUAGCGCGAACUUAGGCUAGAGCGAGAAAAGGCAUAGAAAAGUGUAAAAUGUAUAGUUGCUGUUUUAUAUUUUGCAAUUUUUUCGUUUUUUGUAGUGUGCUUUCGUUGUACAACGCGUUGAAGAAAUAAAGAAGAACGUAUUGUUUUACAAUAAA